AUUAAGGAAAGUCGGAAAGGAAAAACUUUAGGCACAUUUACAAAAGAAAAUUAUCCCGGAGAAUUUAUGGACUCGUGGCGGGCUGCUUUAAAAAAAGAAGAAUUUAAUGUGGUUGAUGUUUCCUCUGCUGUAGCUUACGUGAUGUGUCCAAAAGAAGAAACGGAAAUCGUCACGAUAAAGAAAGCUUGUAACGUCUCUGUGGAUGUAUUUACAAAAUAUUUAAAGGAUCAAAUAAUGGAAAUUAUUGAUUCCGACAAAAAAGUGAAACAUAGCAAAUUGGCGGAAGGUGUCGAACAAGCUAUAACCGAUAAAAAAUACGUUUCUGGAAUAGACGUAAACCAAGUGGAUAUGUGUUACCCUGCUAUAAUCCAAUCUGGGGGGAAUUAUAAUUUUAAGUUUAGCGUUUUGAGUGAUAAAAAUAAUUUACAUUUUGGGGCGAUUACUUGUUCCUUAGGGGCGAGAUACAAAAGUUACUGUUCAAAUGUAAUUCGCACAUUGUUGGUAAAUCCUUCUGAUGAGGUUCAAAACAAUUACAAUUUUUUAUUAAACCUGGAAGAAGAAGUAUUAAAAAAGUUAACAAACGGAACGAAAUUAUGCGAUGUUUACGAAUCAGGUUUAGCUUACGUUAAAAAAGAAAAACCGAAUCUUGUUGAGAAUCUAACUAAAAAUUUCGGUUUUGCAAUGGGAAUUGAAUUCAAAGAAAAUUCCUUAACAAUCGGCCCAAAAGCAACUGCAAUCGCACGAAAAGGAAUGGUAUUUAACAUCAACAUGGGAUUUAGUAAUUUACAAAACAAAGAUGCACAAGAUAAAGAAGGAAAAAUUUACGCUUUAUUUAUCGGUGAUACCGUAAUGGUUAACGAUGAUCAACCCGCUACUUUAUUAACUGUAUCUAAGAAAAAAAUAAAAAAUAUCGGAAUUUUCCUUAAAGACGAUUCCGAAGAAGAAGAGAACGAUGAAGAAAAAGAAAACGCCCCAAAACCAGAAAUUUUACGCCGUGGGCAACGAACCGCUGUAAUUGAAUCGAAAUUGCGUUCUGAGCAAACAUCCGAAGAGAAACGAAAGGAACACCAAAAAGAAUUAGCAAACGCUUUAAAUGAGAAAGCAAAAGAGCGACUUGCAAAACAAGGUGGUGCGAAAGAUGUUGAAAAAGUUCGGAAAAACACGGUUUCUUAUAAAAACACAAAUCAAAUGCCGAGAGUUUCGGAAGUCAAAGAAUUAAAGUUAUAUGUCGAUCAAAAAUAUGAAACGGUUAUUUUGCCGAUUUAUGGGCUUCCGGUUCCAUUUCAUAUUUCAACAAUUAAAAAUAUCUCGCAGUCUGUUGAAGGUGAUUACACUUAUCUACGUAUUAAUUUCUUCCAUCCUGGUUCUACAAUGGGAAAGAACGAGGGCGGUACUUAUCAACAACCAGAUGCUACCUUUUUAAAAGAGGUUACAUAUAGAAGUACUAAUACUAAAGAACCUGGAGAAAUUUCGCCUCCAUCUUCAAAUUUAAACACAGCAUUCCGAUUGAUUAAAGAGGUUCAACGUAAAUUUAAAACGCGCGAAGCUGAAGAACGCGAAAAAGAAGAUUUAGUAAAACAAGACACUUUAAUUCUCUCUCAAAAUAAAGGCAACCCAAAAUUAAAAGAUCUGUACAUCCGUCCGAACAUAGUAACGAAACGUAUGACCGGAUCGUUAGAGGCUCAUACGAACGGUUUUCGUUACACAUCGGUUCGCGGUGAUAAAGUAGACAUCCUUUACAAUAACAUCAAAAAUGCCUUCUUUCAACCUUGCGAUGGUGAAAUGAUAAUUUUAUUACAUUUCCAUCUAAAACACGCUAUUAUGUUUGGUAAAAAGAAACAUGUUGACGUCCAAUUCUAUACAGAAGUGGGUGAGAUUACAACUGAUUUAGGAAAACACCAGCAUAUGCAUGAUCGAGACGAUUUGGCAGCCGAACAAUCUGAAAGAGAACUAAGACACAAAUUAAAAACGGCUUUUAAAAGUUUUUGUGAGAAAGUUGAAAGUAUGACAAAGUCAGAAAUCGAAUUUGAUACCCCGUUUCGAGAAUUAGGUUUUCCAGGAGCGCCUUUUCGUUCUACUGUAUUAUUACAACCGACUUCCGGUUGUUUGGUUACUUUAACAGAGUGGCCACCUUUUGUUAUCACGUUAGAAGACGUCGAAUUGGUUCAUUUUGAAAGGGUACAGUUUCAUUUGAAGAAUUUCGAUAUGGUGUUUGUAUUUAAAGAUUAUCAUAGAAGAACGGCGAUGGUUAAUGCGAUUCCCAUGAAUAUGUUGGAUCAUGUUAAGGAAUGGUUAAAUUCGUGCGAUAUUCGAUACUCGGAAGGAGUACAAUCAUUGAAUUGGGCGAAAAUUAUGAAAACAAUUACUGAUGAUCCGGAUGGAUUUUUUGAAAGUGGCGGUUGGACCUUUUUGGACCCAGAAACUGACGAUGAAGAAGAAGCUCAAGAUGAACAAACCGAAGAUGAAGAUGAAGUGUAUGAGCCGUCUGAUGUUGAGAGUGGUUCAGAAGAAUCUGAUGAAGAUUCGGAAUAUUCUGAGGGUGAUACUGAAAGUGAUAGUGCUUCUGAGGAGGAUUUAGGUUCGGAUGAGGAGUCUGGGAAAGAUUGGUCUGAUUUAGAAAGAGAAGCUGAAGAGGAAGAUAGAGAAAGAAAUCGUUAUGAUGAACAAGAUACCACUAAUCCCAGAGGUGUUAAAAAACCUGAUAGAUAUGCGGAUCGGCAUAAAAGUAAACACGACAAGCAUAAAUUAAAUAAAUCUCAUGAUAAACAUAGAUCUUCUGAUAAACAUCAUCGAAGUUCGAAUGAUAAACAUAGAUCGUCUAAACAUUCCUCAUCGCCGAAUAAGAACUCUUCGUCUUCGCGACAUGGUUCUAGUUCGAAACAUAAUAGUAGCCAUGAUAGGCAUUCAAAGAAGAGUUCCCCAGGUAAACAUAAGAGUUCUCACCAUAAUGAUAGAAAAAGAAGUAGAGAUGAUGAUAGCGAAGACAGACACAAGUCAAAAAAAUCGAGAAAGUAAAUUAAGGGAAAAGACGACCAUGUCUUUUUUUUUGUAUGUUAUUUUUAAUUAUUGCUGUAAGAAUUAAGAUAAAUGAACUUACUUUCUUUUUUCACAUAUA